AUGGGGCCGAUCGGGCCCACCUUUGAUGCCAUCCAGUGCACCCUGAACGCCGCCCGCACCAGCGAAAUAGGCCGCAUUGGUCUUGGCAGCUGCAAAAGCGGCGGAGUCGCGAGUGACGGCCUGGGUCUGCUCAAGACGCUCAAUAUUGCGGCGAGGAGGGCCGAUGUCGUGGACAGCCUCCUCGACGAUAUUUUCUGCCUCCUCUUCUGUAGUGUCACCUGCCGAGUCGUCUCUCUUUUCGUCUGUCUCCUCAUUCUCGCCAUAUUCCUCCUCCGGCGUCGACUUAAUGAAUGCGCACAGUGCCUUUACGCCAUCAAUAUGUUGCGGGUUGGCCGUCAGUGCGGCCAAGUAUGCCGGCAGCGCAUCAUGAAACUCGCCUGCCAUGUAGUUGGUCUUCUCCACGAGCGACAAGUUCUUGAAGCGGAGGAGGCCCGGCAUUGUACAGUCGACGAUUGUGACACCCUCUCGGGCCCGCAACGGGGCGACCACGCGGGUUUCGAACGCCUCGAGGAUCGCAGACUUGAUACCCUGGAGUGCAUCACGCGGAAUUCCGAUUCGGAGAGAGAGUGA